CACGCAGGGAAACGGGAGAACAGUCAAGUCAAGCCUCGCCAAGCGACAGCAACACGAGGGAGGCCGUGUAUUAUAAGCACGCCGUCUCUCCCCGAACCUCAGCAUCUGGCGCAAAGCAUUUUUGUGGCGUUUGGUUAGGGCUCGGCUACGAAUUGAGGCCCAACAGCCAAGAAGCCAUUCCGGGCAAUUGUCGGGAUAAGAUGCUGGCUUACUCGUAGCGUUCAUCCACUGGCGAGGGUCAGCGCGAUGGUCCUGACUCCCAAUUUCCCAGCGAAAGAACCAGUCGAGGACGGUGGAAAACGCCACCAAAAAAAAUUUCCGGCUAGUCUUUAGCCGCCUGUGACACACCCUCACCCCAUGGGCUCAGUCGACCCGGGGUAUUACCCCGGAAAUAGUAUACGGGAGCCGUUAGCUUCGCUGGUAGUGGCCCAUUUGACCAAGGAGAUUCAUUCGGAAGUGGUAAGCAGCACGUGGCUUACAGGAGGAGAACAAGGACAUGACUCCCAAAAGCACGAGAGCACGAUGUAAGGAAGAUGCAUGUCAGCAAAAGGGUCCUACUGCAACCCCAAAUGUCCCGUUGCGUUACCCUACGGG